GUGAAGCGGUGGUGAUGCCACCUGUCCUCUCCUUCUCCACCAUUUACCUUUCUUCUCCUCCUUCAAAAUCAUUUCCUCUUCACUCACAGAGCCUAAACCACAAAAUAAAAAAUUAAAAAACUCUUCUCAUCUCCGAUGGGUUCAACUCCGUUCUGCUACUCAAUCAACCCAUCUCCAUCAAAACUCGAUUUCACCAAAACCCAUGUCUUCAGCCCCGUCGCCAAACAGUUCCACCUCGACCUCUCACCCCUCACCGGCAAACCCCUAAGAAAGCGUCGAGCUUUACUCGGAGUAAAGGCGGCGACUUUAUUGGCCGAAUCAGAGGAGAAGCGAGAGGGAAUAACCGAGAAGAGGAAGAAGCCGAGGGUUCUGGUGGCGGGAGGUGGAAUCGGAGGAUUAGUGUUUGCUCUAACGGCGAAGAGGAAAGGGUUUGAUGUGUUGGUGUUUGAGAAGGAUUUGAGUGCUAUAAGAGGAGAAGGACAGUACAGAGGUCCGAUUCAGAUACAGAGUAACGCUUUAGCUGCUUUGGAAGCUAUUGAUAUUGGUGUUGCUGAGGAAGUUAUGGAUGCUGGUUGUAUUACUGGUGAUCGGAUUAAUGGUCUUGUUGACGGUGUCUCUGGUACUUGGUAUGUGAAGUUUGAUACUUUUACUCCUGCGGCGACGCGUGGACUUCCUGUGACUAGGGUGAUUAGUAGAAUGACACUGCAGCAGAUCUUGGCACGUGCGGUUGGGGAAGAGAUUAUUAGAAAUGAGAGUAAUGUUGUUGAUUUUGAAGAUUCUGGAGAUAAGGUGACGGUGGUGCUUGAGAAUGGAGAACGUUAUGAUGGUGAUCUACUUGUUGGUGCAGAUGGCAUAUGGUCUAAAGUGAGAAAUAACUUGUUUGGUCGAAGUGAAGCUACUUAUUCAGGAUACACUUGUUACACCGGUAUUGCAGAUUUUGUACCAGCUGAUAUCGAGUCUGUUGGCUACCGGGUGUUCUUGGGACACAAGCAAUACUUUGUUUCUUCGGAUGUUGGUGGUGGAAAAAUGCAAUGGUAUGCGUUCCACGAGGAAGCAGCUGGUGGGGCUGAUGCUCCAAAUGGUAUGAAGAAAAGAUUGUUUGAUAUAUUUGAAGGUUGGUGCGACAAUGUGUUGGAUUUACUUCACGCGACAGAGGAGAAAGCGAUUCUCAGGAGAGAUAUCUAUGAUAGAAGUCCUAGUUUCACUUGGGGUAAAGGGCGUGUUACUUUACUUGGUGAUUCUAUUCAUGCGAUGCAGCCAAAUAUGGGUCAAGGUGGAUGCAUGGCCAUUGAGGAUAGUUUUCAGCUAGGAUUGGAGCUUGAAGGGGCAUGGAAACAGAGUGUUGAAACUAAUACACCUGUUGAUGUUGUUUCCUCUCUGAGAAGAUAUGAGGAAUCAAGAAGACUCAGAGUGGCUAUUAUCCAUGGAAUGGCGAGAAUGGCUGCAAUUAUGGCUUCUACUUACAAAGCAUACUUAGGUGUUGGGCUUGGUCCUCUCUCUUUCUUGACCAAGUUUAGAGUACCACAUCCAGGAAGAGUUGGUGGGAGAUUCUUCAUUGACAUUGCUAUGCCUUUGAUGCUUAACUGGGUCCUUGGGGGUAACAGUGAGAAACUCGAAGGAAGGCCACCUAGUUGCAGACUCACUGACAAAGCUGAUGACCGCCUUCGUGAGUGGUUUGAAGACGAUGAGGCUCUUGAACGUACUAUUAACGGAGAAUGGUAUCUUAUUCCACAUGGCAACAAGUGUAGCGUUUCUGAAACAUUACGUCUAACCAAAGAUGAGGAUCAGCCUUGCAUUGUCGGAAGUGAACCAGACCAAGAUUUUCCUGGAAAGCACAUUGUGAUCCCUUCCCCUCAGGUAUCGAAAAUGCAUGCACGUGUAAUCUACAAAGAUGGAGCUUUCUUCUUGAUGGAUCUUCGAAGCGCACACGGGACCUAUAUUACCGAUAACGAAGGAGGAAAAUACAGAGUGACACCAAACUUCCCUGCCCGGUUUAGACCGUCCGAUAUCAUCGAGUUUGGCUCGGACAAGAAGGUGAGACACGUAUUACCAAAUCUUGGUUUAAGUUUAUACCGGACCGUUGAAGGUUUUGGUUCUGAAAAAACCGGUUUGGUUCUUAUCAGGCAGCGUUUAGGGUCAAGGUGAUCAGGACAACUCCGAAAUUGACGAGAAGGGAUGAGAAGAGUGACGGUAAAUUGCUUCAGGCUGCUUGAUACUUGAGUAAACCGACGGUGAAAUUUAAAUAUUUUAUCAGUUUGGCAGAUAAUUUGUGUAGUAAUUUUCACAGAAAAAAAUGUAUUCCUUGCAUAGCAAUGUAUAUACUAUUGAACAAAGGAUAAUUAUACAGAACGUUUACGCUUCAUUUGCUUGUCAAACUAUUAAACUUGUUUUAGGUAAUGAAAGGUUAAUGAUUGUUACAAU